AUGCAUUACCUGGCUCUCUCACUGGGCCCCUUGCAUCAGACCAUGGAAACACUGAUCUUUGCCUAUUUGGCCUCAGUAUCGUUGGCUGCCUCACAGGGCCUCUUCCCAAGGCUGGAGAACGUGGGCACUUUCAAGAAGAUAUCCAUUGUGCCAACCCAUGCCACAUGUGGAUUCUCAGGCCCCAGCACUUUCUGUCAUAGUGCAGAAGAUGCUAAAAGUGUGCAGGGGUGCACCCAGAGGCUGUGUGUCCAGGACUGUCCCCACCGCUCUGCUUCUCCUACCUACACUGCCCUCCUAGAAGGCCUCCAGAGCUGCCUCCCAGCAGACCACACUGAUCUCCAUCCCUACUCCAGAAGCAACUCCACAAGCUUCGUAUUCAGAAGUCACAAGAACUGUUCUUCUCGACAAGCUCCGAGGCUGGCAGCAGAAUUUACCUUAGCAGUCUGGUUGAAGCCUGAGGGAGAAGGCGCAAUGUGUGUGAUGGAAAAGACAGUGGAUGGGCAGAUUGUGUUCAAAGUUACAAUAUCUGAGAAAGGGACCAUGUUUUAUUAUCGCACAGUAAAUGGUUUGCAGCCUCCAAUAAAAGUAAUGACACCAGGGAGAAUUCUUAUGAAGAAAUGGAUUCAUCUCAGUGUGCAGGUGCAUCAGACAGAAAUCAGCUUCUUCAUGGAUGGUUUGGAAGAGAACAAUACAGCGUUUGAUACAAGAACUCUGAGUGGUUCAAUUACAGACUCUGCCUCCAGCACUAUACAAAUAGGACAGAGUUUAAAUGGUUUAGAGCAGUUUGUUGGAAGAAUGCAAGAUUUUCGUUUGUACAAUGUGUCACUUACAAACAGAGAGAUUCUGGAGGUCUUCUCUGGAGAUCUCCCCCACUUGCACACCCAGCCACAUUGCCGCUGCCCAGGCAGCCAUCCUCGUGUCCACCCCUUGCUCCAGCAGUACUGCAUUCCCAAUGGUGCAGAAGACGGACCCCAUCAUCGAGUGUCACGGUUGAAUCCCGAAGCCCAUCCUCUCUCCUUCAUCAAUGAUAAUGACAUGGCUACUUCAUGGAUUUCCCAUGUAUUUGCAAACUUUACGCAGCUUAAUCAAGGAGUGAUUAUUUCCAUAGACUUGGAAAAUGGACAGUACCAGGUAUUUCGAAUCAUCAUUCACUUCUCCAGCCCACAGCCUGCAGCAAUAAGGAUUCAGAGGAAGAAGGUGGACAGGUCUCCCUGGGAGGACUGGCAGUAUUUUGCUAGAAAUUGCAGUAUUUGGAGAAUGAAAGAUAAUGGAGAUUUGGAAAAUCCUGAUUCUGUCAACUGCCUUCAGUUUCCUGAUUUUACCUCAUUCUCCCAUGGUAAUGUCACCUUUGACCUCCUGACCCCUGGACAGAAGCAGCGUCCUGGGUAUGAUGACAUCUACAAUAGCUCACUGCUUCAGGAAUUCAUGCGUGCCACUCAAGUGAGGCUGCACUUCCAUGGGCAGCUCUAUCCAGCUGAGCGCACCGCUGACCCGGGACACAGAUACUAUGCAGUGGAUGAGAUCACCAUCACUGGGAGAUGCCAAUGCCACGGACAUGCUGAGACCUGCGACAGGACCAGGCGGCCUUAUAGAUGCCUCUGCUCCCCAGAGAGCUUCACAGAAGGGCCUCAGUGUGAUCGCUGCCUGCCUCUUUAUAAUGACAAGCCUUUCCACAGUGGUGAUAGUGUUCAUGCAUUCAACUGUAAGCCUUGUCUGUGCAACAGCCAUGCCAGAAGCUGCCAUUAUGAUGCUUCUGUGGACCCAUUUCCUCUGGAGCACAACAGAGGCAGUGGAGGAGUCUGUGACAACUGCCAGCAUCACACAACAGGGAGAAACUGUGAGUCAUGCCAGGAUUACUUUUACCGACCUGUUGGUGCAGAUCCUUCUGCUCUCGAUGUCUGCAAGCCUUGUGACUGUCACCCUGCAGGGACUAGAAAUGGCAGCCUCCUCUGUGACCCGAUUGGAGGCCAGUGUGAUUGUAAGAGACAUGUGUCUGGCAGACAAUGCCUUCAGUGCCUGGAUGGAUUCUAUGACCUGCAGGCGUCGGAUCCUGAUGGCUGCCGCCCCUGUAACUGCAAUCCCUCUGGGACUGUGGAUGGAGACAUUACCUGUCACCAAAAUUCAGGCCAGUGCUUGUGUAAAGCGAACGUUAUUGGGCUUAGAUGCAAUCGCUGCAAUUUUGGAUUUAAAUUUCUCCAGAGUUUUAAUGAUGAUGGAUGUGAGCCCUGCCAGUGUAACCUCCAUGGCUCAGUGAACCAACUCUGCAAUCCACUUUCUGGGCAGUGUGAGUGCAAGAGAGAAGCCAAAGGACUUACUUGUGACACUUGCAGAGAAAACUUCUACGGGUUGGCCGGCAGUGCUUGCAAGGCCUGUGACUGUAGUAUGGCUGGCUCCCAGGCUGGGAGCACGUGUGACGCGGAGACAGGGCAGUGUGUCUGUAAGUCCAAUGUUGGAGGGAGACAGUGCGAUCAGUGUCUGGAGGGGUACUUCAGCUUGCAGCAGAGUUCCUUCCUCUGUUUGCCUUGCAACUGCGAGAAGACCGGGACAGUCAGUGGCUCUCUGUUGUGUGACAAGUCAAGUGGGCAGUGUCUUUGCAAACCAGGAGUAACAGGUCUGCGCUGUGACCAGUGUGAGCCUCACACGUUCAAUUUGACCAUGGACAACCUUCAAGGGUGCCAGGUGUGUGAGUGUGACUCCUCGGGGACAGUACCUGGAAGCAUUUGUGACCCCGUCAGUGGCCAGUGCCUCUGUCUGCCUCAUCGGCAAGGAAGAAGGUGUGAGCAGUGUCAGCCAGGCUUCUACAUUUCUCCUGGCCAUGCCGCUGGCUGUCUACCAUGCUUAUGCCACACAGUUGGAGCAGUGAGCCGUGUCUGUAACAGCAUCACCGGGCAGUGCCCUUGCCGUGACCCCUCAACCACUGGGAGGAGAUGCUGCCAGUGUCAAGACCGUCACUUUGGAUUUGAUCCUGAGACUGGAAGAUGCCAGCCUUGUCACUGUCAUCCGGCAGGAGCCUUGAAUGAAACUUGUGAUGUGGUCACAGGCCAGUGUUUCUGCAAAACGUUUGUCACUGGCUCCAAGUGUGACACUUGUGUUCCUGGUGCAAGCCCCUUGGAUGCCAACAAUCUACUAGGCUGCAGCAAAACUCCAACCCAGCAACCUCCACCCAGAGGACAGGUUCAAAGUUCUUCCUCCAUCAGUCUCUCCUGGAGUCCACCUGCUUUUCCCAAUGCCCACUGGCUUACUUACACUCUGCUCAGGGAUGGUUCUGAAAUCUACACAACUGAAGAUCAGCUCCCAUACCAUACUCAGUACUUCUUUGACACUAGCCUGUCACCACACACGUCAUAUUCAUAUUAUAUAGAGACCUCCAAUGUGCAUGGUUCAACCAGGAGCACAGCUGUCAUUUAUGAGACGGAGCCAGAGGUCUCAGAAGGACACUUGAACUUGACUCAUGUCAUUCCUGCUGGCUCUGACUCUGUGACACUUACCUGGACUGCACUCCCCAACCACUCUGGUCCUGUAGAGAAGUAUGUUUUAUCAUGCACACCUAUGGACAGCAUUGAGCCCUGUGUCUCCUACGAAGGUCAGGAAACCUCAGCUACCAUCUGGAAUCUGGUUCCAUUCAGCCACUACCGUUUUUCUGUCCACGGAUGUACUAGUGGGGGCUGUUUACACAGCUUGCCCAUUACAGUAACCACAGCCCAGGCACCUCCCCAAAGGCUGAGGCCACCUGCAAUACGGAAAAUCAGUUCCUCAGAACUCCACAUAGAAUGGUCUCCACCGGGGAAACCAAAUGGUAUAAUUGUAAGAUAUGAAUUAUACAUGAAGAGAUGGCCAUCUACUAAAGAAAGUCGCGUGUUUGAGAGCAGUGGUUGGCUCAGUCCUCACCCAGCUUCAAAGUCACCCAACAAGAGUGAAAACACACUUCAGCCUCCCCAAGUCAAUGUGUCCAUCUCUGGCUUGGAGCCACACACAGAGUAUGCAUUUAGGGUCUUAGCUGUGAAUAUGGCUGGCAGUGUGUCAUCGGCCUGGGCCUCAGAAAGAACAGGAGAAUCAGCACCUGUGUUCAUGUUCCCUCCUUCCGUUUCUCCACUCUCGUCACACUCUCUCAGUGUCUCCUGGGAGAAGCCAGCAGAACACUUAACAAGAGGAGAUAUUAUAGGGUACAACAUCAGCAUGGUUUCUGAACAGUCCCCUCAACAAGAUGUUCCAGUGAUGUGUUCAAAGCUGUUGCAUUCUGCUAAGUCCCAGGACCUGUCUUAUGUUGUAAAGGGACUAAGGCCGUAUAGGAUCUAUGCCUUUACUGUCUCCCUCUGCAAUUCAGUGGGCUGUGUAACCAGUGCUUCAGGAGCAGGACAAACCCUAGCAGCAGCUCCUGCCCAGCUAAGGUCUCCCAUGGUGACAGGAGUCAACAGCACCACAGUCCAUCUCUGGUGGCUUCCUCCUGCAGAAGUCAAUGGUCCCUCUCCUGUGUACUAUCUAGAAAGGAGGGAUUCCUCUCUCCCAGCUCCCAUGGCUGCUAUGACAAAGGGAACCUGCUUCAUGGGAGAUGGUUACUGCAGAUUUCCCAGAACAGCUCACCCAGAUUUUAUAGGCAUCAAGGCCAGCUUCCGGACAAGGAUGCCUGAAGGGCUGAUCAUCCUCGCAGUGUCCCCUGACAACCAGGAAGAGUAUUUUGCCCUUCAGCUGAAAAAUGGCCGUCCAUAUUUUCUUUCCAAUCCCCAGGGAUCACUAGUGGAGGUUACCACAACUGAUGAUCAUGGUAAACAAUACAGUGAUGGACAGUGGCAUGAAAUCAUUGUGGCUAGGCAUCAGGCUUUAGGCCAAAUCACUGUCGAUGGACAGUACACAGGCUCCUCAGCUUCUCUGAACAGGAGUACUGUGAUGGGAGGCUACACCGGACUAUUUGUGGGCGGGCUGCCACGAGGUCACUCUGUCCUCCAAAAGAGUCUUGAGAUAACCCAAAGAGGCUUUGUGGGCUGCCUCAAGGAUGUGUACGUUAUGAAGAAUUAUAGCCCCUCUGUGACUUGGAUACCUCUGGAUUGGCAGAGUUCUGAGGAGCAGGUCAACAUGUAUCACAGCUGGGAGGGGUGCCCCACUGCCCUGGAAGAUGGAGUCCAGUUCCUGGGAGCAGGAUUCCUGGAGCUUCGUGCAGAUACGUUUCAGGCUGCAAAGGACUUUGAGAUUUCCCUGAAGUUUCAAACCAACCAACUAAAUGGAUUGCUUCUUUUCAUUCACAACAAAGAGGGACCGGAUUUUCUUGCUCUGGAGCUGAAGAGCGGAAUGCUGAGUUUCCGGUUGAAAUCCAGUCGUCGCUUUACACAAGUGGAUCUCUGGCUGGGACCGGCCUAUGGUGAGGGAAACUGGAACACAGUCAUUAUUAAAAGGGAAGGCUCCCUGGUGUCACUUAGUGCGAAUCAACUCAUGGAGCGCACCUCACAAGCCGGAGCCCAGACGCUGCAGGUGAAUUCGCCUGUCUAUGUGGGUGGGAUCCCACAGGAGCUGCAGGACUCCUACAGCCAUUUGACUCUGGAGCAAGGGUUCCGUGGCUGCAUGAAGGAAGUCGCAUUUACACGGGGUGCUGUCGUUAACUUGGCAUCUGUGUCCAGCCGUGCUGUCAGAGUCAAUCAGGAUGGAUGCCUAUCAAGUGACAGUACUGUUAACUCUGGGGGAAAUGACUCCAUCCUGGUUUAUUGGGGAAGCCAGCAGAGUGUUUACGAGAGCGGGCUCCAGCCCUUUACAGAAUACCUGUAUCGGGUCAUAGCCUCCCAUGAAGGAGGUUCAGUGUCGAGCGACUGGAGCCGGGGACGCACAACAGGCACAGCUCCAGAGAGUGUGCCAACUCCCUCAAGAGCCCAGAGCAUAAAUGGAUACAGCAUUGAGGUGGCCUGGGAUGAACCCACUGUGGUUAAAGGUGUCCUGGAGAAGUACAUCCUGAAAGCCUAUGGUGAGGACAGCCCCCAGCCCCACAUACCCUCUGCCAGUGUUGAGCUCAACGACACCAGCACCCACACAGGAGUACUGGCAGGACUGCGUCCCUUCCAGAGCUAUGCCGUAACUCUGACUGCUUGUUCUCAGGCGGGCUGUACCGAGAGCUCACAUGCUUUGAGCAUCUCUACUCCACAAGAAGCACCUCAAGAAGUUCAGACACCAGUGGCCUUGUCCUUUCCUGAUUCCUUAUCAUUAUCCUGGCGUCCACCCAAACAAGCAAAUGGGAUUAUUACUCGGUACUCCUUAUAUGUGGAUGGGAGGCUGGUCUACACAGGCAAGGGACAGAACUACACAGUCACAGAUUUGGGGGUAUUUACAGCCCACGAGAUUAUACUUGGUGCAUGCACACAUGUGGGGUGCACAAACAGCUCCCGAGUCAUCCUGAAGACAGCACAGCUGCCUCCAGAACAAGUAGACCCCCCGACUUUGGCUGUCCUGGAUUCUAGAACUAUUCACAUACAGUGGAAACAACCGAGGCAACUGAACGGAAUUCUGGAGCACUACAUAUUAUACACUUGGACUCCUAGACAUAACUCCACAGUGUGGAACGUUGUCUACAACAGCACCAGAAACCUCCAGGCUUACCUGCUCCGGCACCUUUCCCCCGGGGGUCUAUACCUCAUCAAGCUGGGAGCAUGCACAGGCGGUGGCUGUGCCACCAGUGAGCCCAGCCAGGCCCUAAUGGAGGAGACGGUUCCAGAAGACGUGCCAGCCCCCAGAGCCCACUCCUACUCACCAGACUCCUUUAACAUCUCCUGGACUGAGCCUGGGUACCCGAAUGGUGUGAUCAUAACUUACGGGUUAUAUGUAGACGAUGCAUUAAUCCACAAUUCUUCAGAACUCAGCUGCCAUGCCUAUGGAUUUGAUCCUGGGAGCUUGCACACCUUUCAAGUCCAAGCAUGCACAGCCAAGGGUUGUGCUAUGGGCCCAUUGGUAGAAAAUCGGACUCUAGAAGUUCCGCCUGAAGGCAUGGUCAAUGUACUUGUCAAAACUGAGGGAUCCCGAGAAGUCCACGUGCAGUGGGAAGCACCUCUUCACCCUAAUGGGCACUUAACCUACUCAGUUCUUUUUACUGGAAGUUUCUAUGCAAAUCAAGCAGGGGAUAACUACACCCUUCUCAGUGGCACGAAAACCAUGCACAGCAGUGAAGGGAAGCAGCUCUGGGUGCUGGUGGACGGCUUGGUUCCUUACUCACACUACACAGUACAAGUGAAUGCUUCCAACAGCCGGGGCAGUGUGCUCAGUGACCCUGUCUCUGUUGACAUGCCUCCAGCAGCUCCAGAUGGUCUGCUGUCUCCCAGGCUUGCAUCUGCCACUCCAACCAGUCUUCAGGUUGUCUGGUCUACACCAGCUCGCAACAACGCUCCGGGCUCUCUCACGUACCAGCUCCAGAUGAGGCCCGGCCCCUCCACCCACAGCUUUCUAGAGUUAUUUCUCGAUCCUUCUGCAUCGUUAAGCUAUGAAGUGAGUGGUCUCCAGCCAUUCAUGGUGUACAGGUUUCGGUUGAUUGCCACCAAUGCCUUUGGCAGCACACACAGCACUUGGACUCCACUCAUGACCGCAGAGGAUGAGCCUGGACCAAUAGAUGCUCCAGUUCUUCUGAACGUGAAAUCGAGAACGAUGUCCAUCAUUUGGCAACAGCCUGUGAAGUGCAAUGGGGUUAUUACCCAUUAUAACAUUUACCAGCAUGGCCAUCUGUCCUUCACAGCCCCCGGAAAUGUCACUAACUACACUGUGGUUCAUCUACGCCCUCACACGGCCUAUCAGUUCCAGGUAGAAGCCUGCACCUCCAAAGGGUGUUCCAAGUCACCAGAGUCUCAGACUGUAUGGACACUCCCAGGAACACCGGAAGGCAUCCCAAGCCCAGAGCUGUUCCCGUACACUCCAACAUCUGUCAUUGUAUCUUGGCAACCCCCUACCCACCCCAGUGGCUGGGCUGGGAACUUUACAAUCCAGAGACGAGUCAAAGGGAACAAGGAAGUUAGGAGCCUGGUGACUCUCCCGAGGAGUCGUGCCAUGAAGUUUAUUGACAGGGACCCUGCCCUCAGCCCUUGGACACAGUAUGAAUACCAGGUUCUGGGGAGCUCCGAAAGUGGAGGCACAAGAAGGAGCGAGUGGGUAGAAGUCACAACGAGACCCUGCCGGCCUGCUGGAGUGCAGCCGCCCAGGGUGCAUGUGCUGGGACCAGAUGUAGUCAAGGUCACCUGGAAAGCCCCACUUAUCCAGAAUGGAGCCAUCCUGAGCUAUGAGAUCCGCAUGCCCAACCCUCUCAUCACAAUAACCAAUGUGACCUCCGUGGUGUCCAGUCAUCUAAUCAAGCAUCUCAUGCCUUUCACUAAUUACUCAGUCACCAUUGUUGCUUGCUCUGGAGGUAAUGGGUACCUAGGAGGAUGCACUGAGAGUCUACCUACCUCUGCUACUACCCAUCCAGCCCUGCCUCAGGAACUGGCCCCACUGUCCACUGUUCCGCUAAGUGAAUCUUAUGUUGGGAUUUCUUGGCAGCCACCAUCCAAACCAAAUGGACCAAAUUUGAGAUAUGAGCUUCUGAGACGCAAAAUCCAGCAACCACUUGCUUCAAAUCCCCCAGAAGAUUUAAAUCUGUGGCACAAUAUUUAUUCAGGAACUCGGUGGUUUUACAAAGAUAAGGGUCUUAGCAGGUUUACCACGUACGAGUACAAGCUCUUGGUACACAACAGCGUGGGCUUUACACCAAGCCAAGAAGUGACAGUGACCACCUUAGCAGGCUUUCCAGAGAGAGGAGCCACUGUCACCACGAACGUCCUUAACCACACAGCCAUAGACGUGAGAUGGGAGAAACCGACUCUUCAAGAUCUACAAGGUGAUGUGAAAUAUUACACGCUGUUUUGGAAUUCUGGGGCCUUGAACAAAUCCUUGAAAAUCUUCCCAGAUGUUGAUUCACAUGUCCUUGGUGCCUUAGCUCCAAGCACUGAGUAUCAGAUUCUCCUCUCUGUCUUCAAUGGAGUCCACGGAAUCAACAGCACAGUCAUGCAUGUGACCACAUAUGAUGAGGAGCCUCAGGGCAUGCUUCCUCCAGAGGUUGUCAUCAUCAACAGUACAGCUGUACAUGUCAUCUGGACAUCUCCUUCCAACCCAAAUGGCAUUGUCACUGAGUCUUCUGUCUAUGUAAAUAAUAAGCUCUGCAAGACUGGAAUGGAUGUGCCGGGGUCAUUUAUUCUGAAAGGCCUGUCUCCCUUCACUGUCUACAACAUUCAGGUGGAAGUCUGUACAAAAGAUGCCUGCAUGAAAAGCAAUGGAACCCAAGUCAGCACUGCAGAAGAUACUCCAAGUGACAUUUCAAUGCCUAUAAUCCGUGAUAUUACUUCAAGAUCCCUUCAAAUAGAUUGGAUGACACCAGGAAAUCCAAAUGGUAUCAUUCUCGGAUAUGACCUUUUACGGAAAACAUGGCAUCUAUGCCAUGAAACCCAGAAGUUAACAGAGGGACACAGUGAUGAGCUAUGCAAGGCGGUCAAGUGUCAACACCCUGAAAAUAUCUGUGGGCAGACUUGCUAUUCUCCGGAAACUAAGGUUUGUUGUGAUGGACUUCUCUAUGACCCUCAGCCUGGAUACAGAUGCUGUGAAGAGAAAUACAUUGCAUUUCUUCCGAAUUCCACUGGCAUUUGUUGUGGGGGCCGAAUCCAUGAGGCACAGCCAGAUCACCAGUGCUGCUCUGGGUAUUAUGCUAGAGUUCUUCCAGGAGAGAUAUGCUGUCCAGAUGAGCAGCACAAUCGAGUUUCUGUCGGCUUUGGUGAUGCCUGCUGUGGCAGAAUGCCAUAUGCCACCUCCAGGAGCCAGGUGUGCUGUGCUGGGCAGCUCCAUGAUGGCUAUGGGCAGCAGUGCUGUGGAGGAGAGAUGGUGAGCCAGGAUUUCAAGUGCUGUGGUGGAGGAGAAAAGGGCAUGGUGUACAGUCACCUCCCAGGAAUGCUGUGUUGUGGGCAGGAUUAUGUGAAUAUGUCAGAUACCAUAUGCUGCUCAGCUUCCAGUGGCGAGUCUAAAGCACACGUUAAAAAGAAUGACCCAGUGCCAGUAAAAUGCUGCAACACUGAACUUAUUCCAGAGAGCCAGCGAUGCUGUAAUGGAGUUGGAUAUAAUCCUUUGAAAUAUGUUUGUUCUGACGAGAUUUCAACUGGAAUGGGGAUGAAGGAAGCCAGGGCAUGUGCAACUGUCUGCUCAGCAUCCAUGGAGGCUACAGCACACUGUGGGCAGUGUGACUUCAAUGCUACCACCCAUAUCUGCACUGUGACGAGAGGCCCUCUCAAUCCCAUGGGCAGGGUAGCAAUGGACAGACUGUGUUCUUCAGCAGAGGAGAUAGUUUAUUCAGGAGAUGUAAACGAACGCUCCUUCAUAGAUGUAGACCUUGAACCCAGUACCAUGUAUGAGUACAGGGUUUCUGCAUGGAACAACUUCGGGAGAGGAUUCAGCCAAUCUGUUAGAGCCAGCACGAAAGAAGAUGUGCCUCAAGGAGUCAGGGCCCCUAGAUGGGCCAGAACGGGCAACCCUGAAGAUGCUAUUUUCUUAAACUGGAAGAAGCCCAAACAGUCAAAUGGUCCUAUUACUCAGUACAUUCUUCUUCGAGAUGGAAGGGAGCGAUUUCGGGGAACAUCGCUGAGUUUCACGGACACGGAGGGGAUUCAGCCACUCCAGGAAUAUUCGUACCAGCUGAAAGCUUGCACGGCUUCUGGCUGUGCAGUCAGCAGCAAGGUCGUCGCUGCUCCCACCCGAGGAAUCCCUGAGAGUAUCUCGCCACCAAACAUCACAGCCCGGGGACCAGAGACACUGCACCUCAGCUGGAGUGUCCCUGAGAAAACGAAAGAUGUCAUUAAGGAGUACCAGCUCUGGCUGGGUGGGCGAGGGCUCAUCUACACAGACACAAGUGACAGGCGGCAGCAUACGGUCACAGGUCUUCAGCCAUACACAACCUACAGCUUCACACUUGCAGCUUGUACAUCUGCCGGAUGUACUUCCAGUGAGCCCUCUGUAGGUCAGACCCUGCAGGCUGCCCCUCAAGGAGUUUGGGUGACACCUCGACACAUCAUCAUCAAUUCUACAACCGUGGAAUUAUAUUGGAAUCCUCCAGAAAAGCCCAACGGCCUCAUUUCUCAAUAUCAGCUGAGGCGUAAUGGAAGUUUGCUUCUCGUGGGCAGCAGUGAUGAACAGAAUUUCACUGAUAAAAACCUGGAACCCAACAGCAGGUACGUUUACAAGUUAGAAGCAAAAACGGGAGGGGGCAGCAGCGUGAGCGAGGAGUACGUUGUCCAGACGCCCGUGUGGACCCCGGAAGAUGUCCGUCCCCCAUGUAAUGUCACCGCACUGGGCUCUGAUUCCAUAUUUGUAGCAUGGCCAACGCCAGGGAUCCUGGUUCCCCAGAUUCCGGUGGAGUACAGCAUCUUACUCAGUGGUGGAGGUGUGAUGCUUUUGGCCUUCUCUGUUGGACGCCGUCAAUCUGCCCAUCUGAAACACUUGACUCCAUUCACACAGUACGAAAUAAGGAUACAAGCCUGCCAAAAUGGAGGCUGUGGAGUUAGCAGUAGGAUGUAUAUCAGAACGCAUGAAGCAGCCCCAGUGGGUCUCGCGUCCCCUCUUCUGAAGGCUCUGGGGUCAUCUCGCAUAGAGGUUAAGUGGAUGCCACCUCAAAGGCCCAAUGGCGUCAUCUCCGGCUAUGUCAUUCACAGACGUCCUGCUGACACGGAAGAGGAGACUUGCCUCUUUGUCUGGUCGGAAGGCCCUCUUGAGUUCACUGAUGAUGCCGACACCCUGCAGCCUUUUACACUGUAUGAGUACCGAGUCAGAGCCUGGAACUCCAAGGGUGCAGUGGACAGCCUGUGGUCAUCAGUACAGACCUUGGAGGCCCCACCUCAAGGCCUCUCAGCACCAUGGGCCCAAGCCACCGGUGCUCAUUCAGUGCUGCUGAACUGGACAGAGCCUGAGGCCUCCAAUGGCGUUAUCUUCCAGUACCACGUGAUCUACCAAGAGCGACCAGAGGAGGCAACCCCUAAGAGCUCUACUGUGCAUGCUUUCACAGUGAUGGGAACAAGCCGUGAAGCCCAUCUUUUUGGGUUAGAACCAUUCACAACAUACCACAUGGGCGUGGUCGCUGUGAACAGUGCAGGACAAGCGUCGAGCCCCUGGACUCUGAUUAAAACUUUAGAAUCUUCCCCAAGUGGACUGAUCAACUUUACAGUGGACCAGAGAGAUAAUGGCCGGGCUUUGCUGCUCCAGUGGUCGGAGCCAGUGAGAACCAACGGAGUGAUCAAGGCAUACAACAUCUUCAGCGAUGGGCUCCUGGAGUAUUCUGGCCUGGGUCGACAGUUUCUCUUCAGGCGCCUGGCCCCCUUCACCCUCUACACUCUGACCCUGGAGGCCUGCACAGCAGCAGGCUGCGCUCACUCAGUGCCCCAGCCUCUCUGGACAGAGGAAGCCCCUCCAGAUUCUCAGGUGGCUCCCACCAUCCAGGCUGUGGAGUCCACCAGUGUGCGGCUAAACUGGUCUCAGCCAGCUAACCCGAAUGGGAAGAUAAUUCGUUAUGAAGUGGUUCGCAGAUCCUUAGAAAGAGAGGACUGGGGGAACGGGACAGCUCAGGUGGGUGGGAACAUUGUUUUCACGGAAUACAACACAGAAAGGGACUCUUGGGCGUAUAAUGACACAGGCCUACAGCCAUGGAGGCAAUAUGCUUAUAGAAUCUGCACUUGGAAUUCUGCAGGGCACACCUGUAGCUCUUGGACUGGGGUAAGGUCGUUGCAAGCAGCCCCAGAGGGCCUUUCCCCACCUGAAAUAUCCUAUGUGUCUAUGAAUCCCCCCAAACUGCUGAUUUCCUGGAUCCCACCCCAACACUCGAACGGCGUUAUCCAGUCCUACGGACUUCAAAGGAAUGGAGUGCCCCAUCCUCUCAGUUUCAACGCCAGCACCUUCAACUACACCGACAGCCAGCUGCUUCCCUUUUCAACGUACAGUUAUGCAGUCCUCGCCUGCACCGGUGGCGGCUGCUGUACCAGCAGAACCAACGCCAUCACCACUCCUGAAGCACCUCCAUCAGGAGUCAGCCCUCCAGUUCUUUGGGCCAUCGGUGCUAGCCAGAUAAAUGUGUCUUGGUCCCCGCCAUCAAUGCAGAAUGGAAAGAUUGCUAAAUAUGUGCUUAGAUGUAAUGGUCAGGAGUACAUGGCUGGGCAGGGCCUGUCCUUUCUGAUUUCCAACCUGCAGCCUUUCACUCAAUACAAUAUCUCCCUUGUGGCCUGUACAAAUGGAGGAUGCACUGCUAGUCAGACUGCAUCUACUCAGACAAUGGAGGCCCCACCAGAGAACAUGGACCCCCCAAUACUGCAAGUCACAGGCUCAGAAUCAAUAGAAAUUACAUGGAAACCUCCAAGAAAGCCACAUGGCCAGAUCAGAAGUUAUGAGCUUCGGAGAGAUGGAGCCAUUGUGUAUACAGGGCUGGAAACUCGCUACCAUGAUUUUACCCUUACCCCGGGUGUAGAAUAUGGCUACUCAGUGACUGCCACCAACAGCCAGGGAAGUGCCUUGAGCCCACUUGUCAAGGAUCAAACCAGCCCCUCAGCCCCCUCAGGCUUAGAGCCUCCAAAGCUACAUCCCGGGGAUGCUCUUGAAAUCUUAGUGGUUUGGGACGUUCCAGUGAGGACAAACGGUGAGAUCAUCAAUUAUACCCUCUUCAUCCGUGAGCUGUUUGAAAAAGAAAUUCGAACGAUGUGCAUUAAUACAACACACAGUUCUUUUGAUACACGGUCACUCACAGUAAAGAACCUGAAGCCAUUUCACAGGUAUGAAAUUCGUGUCCAAGCCUGCAAUGCCCUGGGAUGUGCCUGCAGCGACUGGGCAUUGACCCAGACCACAGAGGUACCACCUCUAAUGCAACCAGCCCCACAUUUGGAGGUACAGACAGCUGCAGGGGGAUUUCAGCCCAUAGUAGCUGUGUGGUGGGCAGGACCACUUGAGCCAAAUGGAAAAAUCAUAUACUUUGAAUUGUACAGAAGACAAAUAGAAACUCAACCUGGGAAGUCCAGCCCAUUGUUAACCUACAAUGGAAGCUUAAACUCAUUUAUGGAUUCGGAGCUGUUACCCUUCACAGAGUAUGAAUAUCAGGUAUGGGCAGUGAAUUCUGCAGGAAAAGCCCCAAGUAACUGGACUCGGUGUAGAACUGGACCAGCCCCACCAGAAGGUCUCAAAGUGCCCACAUUCCACACUGUCUCCUCCACCCAAGCGGUGGUCAACAUCAGCACACCCGAGAGACCCAAUGGGAACAUCAGCCUCUACCGGCUGUUCUCCAACUCCAGCAGGACCCACGUUGUGCUGUCUGAAGGCAUGGCCACCCAGCAGACCCUUCAUGACCUGAGACCCUUCACCACGUAUGCCGUCGGGGUUGAGGCCUGCACCUGCUUCAAUUGCUGCAGCAGAGGACCAACAGCCGAGCUGAGGACCCACCCUGCCCCACCCUCAGGGCUGUCUCCACCCCAGCUCCAGACACUGGGCUCAAGGAUGGCCUCCCUCCAGUGGACACCUCCUCAGCUCCCUAAUGGUGUCAUUCACAGCUAUGAACUGCAGCUGCAGCGGCCUUGUCCUCCUGAUCCAGCCCCACUCUGCCCUCCCAGCCACACAGAGACCGAGUACCGGGGCCCUGGGCACAGAGCCAGCCUGGUGGGGCUGCAGCCUUACACUACCUACAGGGUACAAGUGGUGGCCCACAAUGAGGCGGGCAGCACAGCUUCUGGGUGGACCAGCUUCAGCACCAAGAAGGAAAUGCCUCAGUACCAAGUCCCGUUCUCGGUGAACAGCAAUGAAUCCACGGUAUGUGUAGACUGGAGCGGCACUUUCCUCCUGAAUGGCCAGUUAAAGGAGUACGUGGUCACCGACGGAGGACAGCAGGUGUACCGUGGCCUGGACACCACCGUCUACAUACCAAGGACAGAAGACAAAACUUUCUUCUUCCAGGUCACCUGCACAACAGACAUGGGAAGUGUUAAGACUCCACUGUUCCAGUAUGAUGCCACUACUGGAUUUGGCCCAGUGCUGACAACUCCUGGCGAAAAGAAGGGAGCAGGGACCAAAAUCACAGAGUUCUACACCGAGCUGUGGUUCAUCGUGGUAAUGGCGGUGCUGGGCCUGAUCUUGCUGGCCAUUUUUCUGUCCUUGAUUCUACAAAGAAAAAUUCACAGGGAGCCAUGUAUCAGGGAGAGACCUCCCUUAGUGCCUCUUCAGAAACGAAUGACCCCACUGAGUGUCUACCCUCCAGGGGAAACCCAUGUGGGAUUAGCCGACACCAGAAUCCCUCGGUCUGGGACGCCUUUGAGUAUUCGGAGCAGCCGAAGUGUGUCCGUACUGAGGAUCCCAAGUCAAAGCCAAAUCAGCCAGACCUACUCCCAGGGCUCUCUCCACCGCAGUGUCAGCCAGCUCAUGGACAUUCCAGACAAGAAGGGCUUGGCAGAUGACUCGCUCUGGGAAACUAUUAUGGGCCACAGCAGUGGACUGUAUGUGGAUGAAGAGGAACUAAUGAAUGCCAUCAAGGGUUUCAGCUCAGUAACCAAGGAACACACCACCUUCACCGACACCCACCUGUAAAGAAUGGACGUUAUAACAUGGAAACCUGGGGUGCAUGCUCUGUAUCCUGUUUCUCCUGGUUACCACAUGUCACAAAAGCUGAAAAAUACUUAAAGAAAACUUUUUUUUUUUUUAUUUUUCCAAAUAGAGACUUAAGAAACAUUUCUCUGGUUUUCUCAAAUAAGGAAUUGC